AUGUUUAUUACUCAAUUAAUAGGUACAAUUGUUGCUGGAAUAAUAAAUUAUGUUACAGCUAAUUAUUUAAUGAAUACUAUUCCAAAUAUUUGUACUCAAGGAAAUCCACGUUGGACAUGUCCAAAUGCAAAUACAUUUUAUAGUGCAUCGAUUAUUUGGGGAGCUAUUGGUCCAAUAAAAAUGUUUGGUAAAGGAGCAACUUAUUCUUCUCUUCUUUAUGGUUUUCUUAUUGGUGGUAUUCUUCCAAUAUUUUCAUGGAUUCUUGUGAAAACAUUUCCUAAAACUAAAUGGCUUGAAUAUAUUCAUUUUCCUAUUAUGUUAGCAGCUACAGCUAUAAUGCCACCUGCUCCACCAGGUAAUUAUCCAUCAUGGUUAUUAGCUGGUUUUAUAUUUAAUUUUAUUAUUGCACGUUAUGCACGAGCAUGGUGGAAACGAUACGCAUAUGUAUUCUCAGCUGCUAUGGAUAGUGGUGUUGCUUUUGGUGCAAUUAUUAUUUUUUUUGUAUUACAAAAUAAUAAUAUAGAAUUUCCAACAUGGUGGGGAACUGGUGGAAAUACAGGAGAUGGUUGUCCACUUUCACAUGCGAAUUAUUAUGGAAUUAUGCCAACAAAUCGACCGAUUAUAAAUACUAAUUGA